AUGGAUGAAUGGAGUUCUCAUGGACAACUGAAAUGCCCUAAACAAGAACCAUGUCCCAUGGCCGACGAAACCGAAUAUCGGAUCGAAUUCGGUCCUUAUACCGAAAUGCCAACUACAUUUGCCAGGCUACGAAACCGAUUGAAACAGACCGACAGCAACGCGGAGGUGCUAUUCGGACAUCACGAGAGGCCAUCUGCCAAACACAUGAUCACUGUUUACGAUGAGCAUAUCAACAGAAGAGCCAGACCAUGCAAUCAAGAGUUGCCGCCUCUGAGAAAAUGGAAUCUUUUCAGGAAGACCUGGCAGCCUGAAAGAAACGAUUUCCCGUUAACUGGAAAUCCGACAAACUGGGGCCUGGCCAAUUGGAAAGACUCCCAACACUACGCCGGCAUCAGGGAUUUGCUGGAGGCUUACAAGGGCGUCCAAUCAGACUACAACAACUCCUACAUCAACCACUUUAAAAAGCAGCAAAAUUUGAGAAGAAAGAUUCCAUGCUAUUUGAGCAAAGACUGA